AUGCAGGCAGCCGUGCGCACGCAUCAGUCACCGGCCGCCCGCGCCUCCUCAAGUCCCCAGUCGCCGGUCUUGAGAACCAGCUGCGCCGCCGCCAGGCUUGAGAUCCAGCCGCGUGCGCGCCUCCUGAGGCCCCCAGCCGCCGCCGGCCUUGAGAUCCAGCCGCGCCGCCGCCUCAAACCCUUGCUCGCAUCGCCCGGGGACACCCUCCGCAACGGCCGGCCGUCACACGCGAGACGAAGCAGAGGAGAUAGGGAACGAGUAGAGAAGGAGCUCACCUCCCGCCGGCCUCUCUGCUAUCUGCUAGAUGCGCCGCCGCCGCGGCGCACGGAAGAGAGAGGCGAGGCGACCGCGGGGCGACGUGCUUGUUCGCAGCGGCGGCGGCGGCGGCGGCCCAGGGCGGAUCUCCAUUCUCCGGCCAUCUAUGGCCCCCCCGAUGAUGUUGCAGGUAACUCUGGUGAGAAUGAGGGGAGUAAGAAGGCUAAGAAGAAGAUUAAGAAGAAAGGCAAUCUAUGUGGCUUUAAGUCAAGGUUUAACUCAAAAAGGCUGGCUCAGAUUGGGAAGCAAAUAUCACCAGAAAAACAGAGAAUCAUAAGGGAGGGACCGCUUGGAGACUUGUUGGACAUCCGGUCUUUCAAGGUGCCCCAUGAGCUCAUUGAGUUUGUUGCGAUGAACACGAAUCACGUACUCUCUGAGUUCAAACACAAGAACAAAUCUAUCACCUUCAGCAAGCUUAUGGUGAAAAGGAUUUUCAACGUGCCAUCCGAUGAUAGACCUGUGAAGCUUCUAAAGAAGAGUGAUGAACAUGAUCUUCGCAGCAUCUACAAGGAGGGGAACAUGGCUCCAAUCGCCCAUGUUGUCAAGUUGCUCACUAGUUGCAGUGAGGAGGACGUGGUUAUGAUAAAUAGGACUUGGGCACUCCUUGCGUUGGCAACAGUUUUGUGCCCAGGCACGGGCAAUAUGGUGAAUCUCGAGUAUCUUGCUUCCCUCGAAGAUAUGUCUUUGGUGCAUGAAUUCGCUUGGGAUGAGCACUUGUUGGCACGAGCUAUGGAGGAGGUUGGAGUCUUUCAAGAGAAGAAGAGGAUGCAAGCAAACACAGAAAAAGAGUUUCAGAUUGCUUCAUGCCUUCCCAUGUUAGCGAUCAUAUACAUGGAUCAUGUUGAUAUCCCAGUUGGCCUCCCAAAUGAGCAUGCUAUUGAUUAUUCCGUGCCAAGGAUACGUUUUGUUUGCCAAAAGGAUUUUGAGUGGUUGGAUAAAGUUGACAAAAACAAGCUCACUCUUGUCCAACCUUUCUACGGGAAACACACCCAUAUCCGGAGUUUGUGCAACACCCCCUAUGCAGCACAACUUGUGGGACAGGAAGUUGGUGCUGAAGCAGCUACUGGGAAGGGAGUUGGUGCUGAAGCACCUAGUGGCCAAGGAACUAGUGGCCAAGGCAGCCAAAUUCAAGGUGCUGAAAUUCAAGCAAAGGACUCUCAAUCAAAUGAGGCUCAACAAAAUGUUGAUGCUGAACCACACCUAUCAUCAUCGCUCAACGAUUGGCUACAGCAAUCAUUCCCUAGCAUGCAAGAUCUAAGGGUACCAACUCAGUUUCAAAUGCUUUACGACAAGCACAAGGGUAUUUUUGCAUCGGAGGUGGAUGAUGUUGUUGGCAAGUUUGGACAGUGUUUAAAGGGAUUGCAGUGCAACCGGAUGGCAGCCCUCCUUCGUGAUGUUGGAGACGCCAUCACAGCUACCAGUGAGCCCAACUUCUCCUUUGAAGCACCUAUCAUGGAUGAAUGUUGCGGAAAAGAGAAUGAUGCUAAAGCUGCAAAUGCUGGCAUUGGUGCUCAAGCUCAAGCUGAAGGUACAACACCUAGCAUUAACAAGGAUGAAGUCACCGGAUUGAAGCAACAAGUUGCAACCGAGGCUGCUGAAACUCUUGAGCAACAACGAGUGAGUUUCGAGAUGGAAGGCAACGUCUCACCUCACAGCCCCCCACUCUUCUAUGAUGCACCCAGGAGUGUGACAGCCGGCAUUUGGGACGACGAGCCAUCCUGUGAGUUGUUCCCAAAGGGCUCCGAAGAGUACGAGAUGAUGCAUUGCACUGAUGAGCCUAUAACCAAGAAGAGCGCAGUCAGCCCCAUAUUUGAAAACAUCCCUGUGUUCCCUGUUUCAGACGAUGAUGACAGCCCAACUCCUAAGAUGGUCGCUACAGAAGAGCAAAUUGUUGAUGCAAGCAGUGGCCCUAGCACACAUGACAAGAACACUAGGAAGAAGAGGAUGGCCAAAGUUCCAGCCGUAAAAAAUACCAAGGCAAAGAAGCAAAAGAUCGAUGCAGCUGCAGCCACGUAUGAGAAGUAUGUAAAGCAUGGGAAACCAUUGAGGAGAUCACAUGCCAAUGAACAAGUGACACCUUUCAUAAAGAUAGGUGGAUUUUACAUUGGAUACAAGAAAUUCCUGGUAUGCUUCAAGCCUCACGGGGAUAUGAAUGAUGAGGUUAUGUCCCUAUGUAUCGAGAUGAACAACGUAGCAUCCCAUGCAGCAAGUGGUACUAAUCUGAAGAAAUACAUGUUCUCAGUCCACGCGGGGCUUUUUGUCACAAUUGUUCAUGAAAAGCAUUGGAUAAUUGUUUGCACAAACUUGCUAUACAAGCAGUGGAAUGUAUUUGACUCAAUCCAUUCAAAAGGAAAACAAUCUCCUUUGAAGAAGCAGGCCAAUAACCUGAUCACAAACUUUGCAGCCCUCGCACAAGAGUACAACCAAUUCAAUGUCAAUGUUGGAUCCUUCGCCCGUGUUGACCUAGAGGAUUACCCAAAGCAAGAUAAUCUAUGUGAUUGUGGCUUUUUCGGGCUCAAAUAUGUGGAGAACUUUGAUGGGAAGUCAAUGAAAGAGUUCAAUCAGGAAGAUGUGGCGCGAUACCGCAUGGAUGUGGCGCACAACCUUUGCACUCACCCAAUGAACAAUGCCCCAAUGGAGCGGGCAUUCAAGGAAGAGUUGGCGGCUUAA